AUGAAAAAACAGGGACGCCUGAGACGUGAAGUGAGUUCUCCUCCACAUUUGACAGCACGUCCCUAUGCAAAUGAUUAUCAGUCAAGCCUGGAGAACACGGACGAAAUGAAGUUAUCUGCGAGGGAUCGUAAUAGUAACUCGAUAGACAAGGGGCCGAAAAAAGGCCCGUUUGAGCUGGCGCUAGCUAAUGGUGAUGUCCGACUGGCACAUAUGGUGGCGUAUUCCAGUGGCGACAAUAGCACCGAUGGAAGUGGACUUCAGUGCUUGCAGUGUAGCGAUCUUCAGCAACAGCUGUGCGAUUUGUCGAGAAGAACGGAAAUGCGGUGGCACGAGGAUAUCGGUAGUUCGCCCAUUCCACAACCUCGAUCUUAUUCGAUCGGGAUUGGAACCGAUCGCGAAAUACCGCUUAAAUCUCGAUGUUGCGAUGCAUCCACUGAUAGUCCAGUUCCUGAGCUUAAGGUUUUCAAGGAUGCGGCCUGUCGUACGGAACCAACGACAACGAAUGAAUGUGGUUGUGGCUUGGAUCAACCAGUGGUGCUUUGUGAUUUUUCAUGUGGAACAGAGCGCACAGUGCUUGUUGAAACAGGUACUGGAAGCAAACAAACACCAGCAUUCAAGGACUCAUCAUCAAUGACUUCUUCAGUAACAUCGCAUUCACGGCCUAUACAAACUGAACAUGUCAAUUGCAGCACAAUAUGCGUGUGCACUUCACCAAUACAAAUGGUAAAUCGAGGCGUUGAGGCAAUGCGGGUAUUUAUGAGAGAUUCGUGUACAGUGUGUGAUGAGGAUCUCUCUUCAUGUUCCGUUCUGGAUGCUGCUACAGCAACGGAUGACGAUUUAAACGCUGCGGAAACAAAACAAAAACACUUUCAUCAGGAUUAUUAUCAUUAUCAUCAACAACAGCAUCAUCAGCAACGACAAAAAACCUGUAAUACCGUUGCUGUACAAACAGAAUUCGGCAUGUUUUGCUCAGUUUCUAUCCAAUUUUUUAGAAAUUGUUGUACUUCCGUUAUAAUUUUGAUCAGAGCUUAUUGCGCGAUAUUCUGCUGUAAAAGGAACUUAUUUGUUAGCCUUCCUCAUCAAUGUUUUUGUUAG